GAAGCGGCAUCUUCUGCUUCUAAACCUGAUGCCUCGAAUGACGCUGUUAUUGAGACAAGCUUUCUUUAUGAAUCAAAGGCGGUUGAAAUAGAAGAUGGCAGACCCUGAUAGCACCAUCAUAAACACCAGCAUAAACCAGAAAGAUCCAAAGGAAGCGUUGGUUAUUGCUGUGACCACAAGGGCCAUUUUCAAUUUGGAGAGGGAGCAUGAGAUCUUCUUGACCAAGGGCAAAGAAGAAUAUGUGAAACAUCAGCAAGCAAAUGAGAACAGCCCCUUAGAGCAAGGAACAGCUUUUGCUUUCAUACAGGCAGUGCAGUUUGUGAACAAGAAACUUCUUGAAAGAGACCCGGAGGAAAAGGGCCUCUUUGAUGUCAUUGUUCUCUCCAAUAACAGUCCAGAGAGUGGUGUGCGAAUAAUCAACAGUGUGAAACAAUAUGGUUUGGAAAUCUCUAAGUUUUGCUUUGUCAGUGAUGAAGAUUCUACCCAAUAUUUGAAAACCCACAAUGUGAAACUUUUUCUCUCAGCUGACCCGAAAGAUGUAUGCAAUGCACUUCGGAGAGGAGUUUCAGCAGCACUCAUCUUUCAGCAGGAGAUACAGGCUCCCAGAACCCAGUUACGAGUUGUCUUUGAUGGUGAUGCCGUCCUCUUUUCGGAUGAGACCGAUCGUGUCUUUCAUGAGAAAGGUCUUGAGGAAGCAGUGGAAUAUGAGAAAACUAUGGAAACUGUACCCAUGGGAGAGGGUCCACUGAAAGCAUUUGCAUUGCAUCUUGGGAAGAUGCGCAAAAAAUUUGGUCAAGAGGACUCUCCCAUCCGCAUCUAUUUGGUAACUGCCCGCAGUGGCCGUGAUAUGGGCACCCGGGCCAUCAAAACCCUUAGGGAAUGGGGACUGCCAACUGAUGAAGCCUUCUUCAUGGCUGGAGCUCCAAAAGGUCCUAUCCUCUCCAAGAUCCAGCCCCACAUCUUUUUUGAUGAUAAUCUUCACAACAUCCAAGGUGCUCAAGAUGUUGGCAUACCCUCUGCAUUGGUCCCUUGUGGCUGCCACAAGGGAUCACAGGACCACAGUGUUCUGACACUUAACGAUACCAAUAUUUAUAACUAAAGGGACAUGGCUAAACUUUUAAAUGUACAGUGAGUGCAGUGUUUGGAAUAAAUUAAAUUUAUGGAAAAUAUGAAGUGACUUUAGUUGAGCAGAAGAAGGUUCUUACUGAAAAAAGGGGGGAAAUCAAUUGCUUAACAUGUAACAGAUUGGUUCCUGUCUCCCUUUACCUAAACAUUUUAUUUUCUGUUGACUACAUUUAGAGAUUCUAUGUGUUAUUAGUGCAAAAAGUCAUUCCAAACAAAACGUAUAUACUCUGGACUUCUCUACAGUUCAGAAACACAGAGAAAAGCUACUUGCUUGGGACACAAAGAAAGAAUUAAGUAUUAAUUUCUUAAUUAAGAAUUAAGAAAGUAAUCAUCAGAAUUCCAUUCCAGCACUUCCAUGAAUAGUUAACUGCUCUCUCUAAAGACAACUAGAUUUGAGGUUGAGAAUUUAGUCAUAAACCAAAUAGGUUUCCACACGGUUGCUCCUGGUGAUACCAAGUUGCUGUAGGUCUUACAACGAAUGGUCUUUUCUCAUUUCGGGGAGUUUGAAUUGGAUGUGUCUGCCCCUUUUGCUGGAUUCUAUGGGUCUCCAGUUCCCUUCUUUCCAUCCCUAAGAGUCUGCAGAAUUGAGCUGCUGAAUUAGGGUAGCAAACCGCUGGUUUUGCAGAAAAACAGGGAAUCUUUAAACCUUGACUUGGGCUUAGUUUAUCAGGGAAAAAAAACAAAAAAAGCCUGUCUGCAACCCCCUGAAAAGCUCUCCCCCCACUCCCAGAGAUCCACCCCCAUCACUUUGGUGACAUAAUUCCAU